GACCGUCAACUAACGGAUCUCACGGUUGUUACCAUGGACCGGAGCCGUCUCUCGACUUGUUUUCCUACAGCUUCAAGUCAAAAACGGAGAAACAGGAUGCAAAAAUGUCUUAUUUUCUUCUGUUGCUGAAAUUUCACGAGUUUGGAUUUUAUCAUCAGGAAAACAGAUUUUUGGGAAGUUUGAACCCACUGGCGCUCUUUUGGUUCUUAACGUGUGUGGGAAUGUAAGUUGGCAAGCUAACAUUCGCAGCAAGGUAGCUUUUCACAAGUUUUAUUUUAUGGAUACAGAGACAAUGUUGGAGUAUUUCCACGACUUGUUUUGAUUUUUCGGAGCGUCUUUUCUUGGGGAAGGUGGAAGCGGAUUGUUGUUUCUAGUCCCGGAUAAGUUUUCAUCACCUAACGUUAGCUAGCGGCUAAGAAUGCUAUUUACUGCUUAUCUAAACGGUCCCAGUAGUUUUGUUGUGUUUACGUGAAUCGACAACAAUAAUGAUUUCGGAGGAGAGAAGCAGCCACGUAAAUAAACAAGCCCUGAACUUCCCAGUGGGUUUACUCAUCCGCUCUCCGAAGAGGCGACUGGCCAAACUGGGGAGGAAACCCAGCAAUGGAUCUGUCCAGUCCAACAACUCGGACACCACCGUCCGAUCCACAGAGAGCGUUGGUGUCAGGCAGCCGGCCAAGAGUAAAAUCCGCCGCCACAACAACAGGCUUUCAACUGUUUUCAACCACAGCCCUAACAGUGGACGCCGCGGACAGGCACUAGGCAGCGGGAGCCUGGCCGGUGACCUCCAGGCUGCAGACGACCCGGCAGAGCUGUCCAGUCAAAUGUCUGUCCCCGGCAUCCUGAAAAUCUUUGGCAGUGACAUCUGUCAGGGGACCAAUUAUAAAAGUGUGCUGGCCACCAUACAGUCCAGUGCAAAGGAACUGGUGAAGGAGGCCUUAGAGAGGUACUGCCUAGAGAAAGAAGACGCCAAUGACUAUGUGCUCUGCGAUGUGAUCGGCAAGACGGGCACAGACAACCAGUGGAAGAGGGAGUGUUUUCGGGUGGUGGGGGACAAUGAGAAACCCCUCAUGCUGCAGUCACUUUGGAAACCCAAGGAGGGCUUCUCCAGGCGCUUUGAGAUCCAGCUGAGGGCGAGCGUUGAAGAGCAAAGCUUAAAGGACAGAGACACAGUCACAGCAGGCAUCAAUGCUCAGGCUCGUAAGCUGCAGAAGAGCCGCUCCAGAGUGACCUCGCUGUUUGUGGACGGCAGCGGGGAGGAUGUGGACGGACUCGGGAUCUGGAGAAGUCUGAGUGAGAUGGAUCUGUCUGCGAUGGGAAAAGAGGCCAGCCGGGUUCAGCAGAGCGCGCUCAGAGAGGAUCCUGAGGCCGAGGCUGACAAGGAGGUGCUGCGGCUCGGCAUGGAGAAGGAGGAGACGGAGAGCAGUGACGACAACACCACCCAGUACUCUAUUCACCCGCCCUUUGACUUCCCAUACUUCCUCCUGUUGCAGGGCUACAGUCACAGACAGGAUUUUGUCAUCUACCUGAUGAGUGGGACCACCACCAUCUUCGGCUGCUGCAGGGAGCACAGUAACGGAGAAGAUGAGGAGAGGUUAAAGGUCGACAUCCUCCUGUUUGCUCCUGAUGUGUUGCCUCAACACUGCUGUGUCAGACGCCUGGACUCUAACAUCCAAACGUCCACGGGGGAACACAGAAAGACACUGACAAUGUUGAAGCCCCUUCACGGUGCUCCCGUUACCAGAAAUGGUUUCCUCCUCAAAGACGAGGUCGAACUGAAUCCAGGGGACUUGGUGGGCUUGGGGAAACACUACCUGUUCAUGUUUAAGGACCCCACCAGCACAUCAGGGUCCCUCCAGACCCCUCCGUGGAUGACCACACUCUGUCCAAACUCUGACACAAAAACAUCCUCCUGUUUAUCAUGUGGCUCCUCUGUCACCGUAAAAAGGUUUCAGAGGAAGCCUUUACCUCCUCGUUGGAGGGACCUGGAGGGCACGGAGGCUCUGGUGAUCUAUGAGCUGGAACAGGAGGAGAGGGUCCUGCAGGAGGUUUUGGAUAUGUUGGACCCCAGUGGGAAUGAGCCAAAGCUUACGCCUGCCUUUCUGCUGAGCCUUUGCAUUCAGCACUCGGCCUCCACGUUUGAGCUGACACACUUCAGACAGCUGCUGCUCCGGAUAGCCGGUCAGAUCCAGCUCGUUAUGUGGGAGAAGACAAAGGAACUUGCAGCGAUCCAGCCAGAAACGAGCUCCGGUGAUGGGCAGCAGGAGCAUCUUCAGCUGCUCAGCAUGGAGGAGCUGAUACCAGGUCUGCAGCCUCUGGUGCUGUGGAUGGCCAACUCCAUCGAGCUGCUGCACUUCAUCCAGCAUGAAGUCCCUCAGCUGCUGCCCUGGAGGCAGGACCAGGAGGACGGAGGUCUGUUGGACUCUGAGAUUUCCUCCACUCGGACAGCCUGUGAGGAAGCCAUGACAGUCCUGGAAGAAGUCAUCAUGUUCACCUUUCAGCAGUCUGUCUACUAUCUAACAAAGAGUAUGUAUUCAGCGCUGCCUGGUUUGCUGGAUGGGAACCCGUUCUCGGAGAGCGGUCAGCUUCGAGUGCCUGAUGGACUUAGUGGCAUCCUGGAGGUGCUGAAGGAGGCGCUUAAGCUUCUCACAGCUUUCCAGGUCCAUCCAGACAUCUCUUUACAACUGUGUGCCUAUCUGUUCUUCUUCAUCAACGCAUCGCUGUUCAAUGCCCUCAUGGAGAGAGGAUCUGUUGCUGGGUUCUACCAGUGGUCCCGAGGUGUUCAGAUCCGGGCCAACCUGGACCUGCUGAUGGACUGGAUCCAGAGCAUUGGUCUGGGCGACCUUGCCAACGAGUUCUUCCAGAGGCUUUCUGCUGCUGUUAAUCUGCUGGCCACACCCAAAGAAACCAUCCUGCAGGCGUCCUGGGCCUCUCUAAGGACUGAGUUUGCUGCCCUGAAUGCCGCUCAGCUUCACCACAUGCUGAGAGAGUACAACUCUGGGAAAGCCUGUCCUGCUGGGUGGACCCCGUCACCAGAUGAUGCAGAGGACGCUGUCAGGACGGCCAACAUCCUGGAGAGCUUCGACAGUCACCCGCCGCUCAUCCUGCCCAGCAGCUCGUUUCACCUGGAGCUGGGUAAACCUGUCGUGGAGCCCGCUCUUUUUGAACAGCUCGGUCAUCUGCAGGAGUUCAUACGCCGACUCCCCCGCAGUGAAACCCAAGCCGAGCCCGAUGUGGAGGAACAGGCUCUCAACGGGACGACCAGAGACAGACAGUCUACAACCUCAGCCUCCGUCAGGGUCUUCCAGGAUCCUGCCCAACAGGAGGUGUCCGACCCGGUUACCUGCCCCUCCCCUGAAGCAGAUCCGGGCUGUACAUCCCCCGCGGAGCUGGCUCAGGCCCGAGGAUCUCACGGUGACCUGAGCAGCUGUGAGGCAGUCCUGACCCAGAAGCUGAAGAGCCUGGAGCUGCAGAACACCCUCCCAGGACAGGCCGACAUGGGCUACCACAAGAGCCUGGCGCUGGACCCGUCAUGCCUGCUGACGCCACCCAACACCCCACAGGGUAUGGAACUGGACGAGCUGGAGGCGGAUCUGCAGGAGGGUGCCCGCCAGCAGAAGAAAGACAGUGGAUGUGCUGACAGGAAGACAGAAAAUGUAGAAGGAGAAGAGGACCGAGAGGAAGUGUUUACGGUGGAGAUUCACAGAGGACCUCAUGGUCUCGGCUUGGCGCUUGUGGAUGGCACGAAAACACAGCUGAGAAUGAGCGGCAUUUAUGUAAAGUCAGUGGUUCCCGACUCUCCUGCUGCUCAGUGUCAGAAACUGAGGACGGGCGAUCGCAUCCUGGCUGUUAACGGCAUCAGCGUGGUCGGUAUGGAGUACAACAUUGGUCGAGAACUGAUCCGAUCAUCAGGAGACAAUCUCAGACUGCUGGUGGCCAAGAUCGACUCAAAGACGAGCAGCAAGACCUCGGCUGCGGCUAAAUGCUGAAGGAAGAGCUGUGUGUGUGGACAAUCAAGUGCAAUUGGGAAUACGAGAGGAUGUUUAGUUCAACCUUCCUGCUGCAUCCAAAGUCAGUAUUUCUCACAGGAUGACAGAAAUGGCAGACUUGUUGUAAAUUAGAGCUGUUUUGUGUGCAUUGAGACAAUCAUCCCAAAGCAGCAGGACUGACGCGAGACUGUGGGCACGGUCAAGUUUAUAAAAGCUCAUUUUGCUGUCACAGCUUCUCUUUGGCCUAUAAACAAACUCAACUCCACACUCAUAAACCAUGAGGGUUUGGCGGUGAGGAAAAUAGCUGCCUGUGGCAAUUUGCUGUUGUGAAACCUCCAUUUGAAUGUCUGAGUACACAGUAUUCUGUCUGAGGAGCUUCAUGAAGCUGCAGCAGGCAUCAAGAUUCACAUCUGGAAACAACUGGAAUUAUUCUGAAAUUCAUUUAGAAAGUAUGACUAUAUCAAAAAAUGUGAAACAUCGUAUUUUACAUCGCACAAACUCAAUUUUACCCGUUUGUUAGGGAGUCGUAGAACUUUAAGAUCUGUCAUCGGGUCAGGUUGACAGUUCAUCUCUCUUUGUUAAUAUUCUGUCUUUCUGAACACAUUUCUAGAAAAAUCCCAAAACAAGAAAACCAGCAGAAUUAACUCAGUUUAGGAACUGUUCGUUAUUUAUGAAAGGUGAUGCAAAUCGGGGGAGGCACUUCAGAUCAUUUUUUAAGCACUGGAAAGGGAGUGAGGUUUUUUCUUUUGGCUUAGGGGAGCAACAUUCAACACUGAAUAUUUUGUUUUUAUUUUGAAUAUCUUCAAAACCCACAAGUGUGUUAUAAGGGCAUGUUUUCUUUAAAAAUCUCUAAAACCACGCCAUUUAUCAUAGCCAGAAACUGUUCAAUGUGUUUUUUAUGGUGGAGGGAGGGUCUUGCAUUUUCCCCCAGCCACUCAGGGAGGCUUAAGGAAAGGUACAGUCCCUUACUUGGAGAUUUUUUUUCUUUUUUUUAGGAAGAACUAAAUUGAAGCUGGAUGUAAGACUGUCAUUUUCUUUGCAUUUUAACAGUUCGUCAUUUUCAUUUUCUGCUUUAAAAUCUCCACCUUGAUACAGUGUUAAAGACUGUUCAUGAAAUGUAUUGAUGUGUUACAAUCAGCAGGCCAAAUGAUGGGUAACGAUAAAAUUCCAGGUUCACUUGCAAGAAUCUUAAGACAGGGUCAUCAUCUUUAAACUGCAAUUGUUGAUGCAUUUAAACAAAUUGGAGGUUUACAUGUUCGUCUUUAAAGUGGUCAUAAUCCAUAUUUCUUAUCAUAUCAUAUCAUUUCUUAUCAACAAUGGCUCAAAUGACUGGAAGUGAUGAACCUGCACAGAAUCUGCAGUUCCCUUCGGCUGUACUGAGCUUAAUUGUGAGUUUUAAUUAACUGUCCAUCUGUCUUUAUUGUUCUGGUUAACUUUUAUCGUUCUACUAGUGUCAUUUUUAGUGAAAAAUAUACAAAAACUCACUGUGCAGUACAGGCUUAGCAGCAAACAGCAGUCAGACACAGUUAGCGACCAGCUGGUGAACAUAGCGGAGCAUUUAGCACCUAAAGAGACAGAUGUUUUCCUCAGGAGUUGGUGGAGACCAAAAACAGAGCUAAAAGGGAGCAAUCUGGACUUACAUUUAUCAGGUGGAAACAAGACUUGACUGAAAAUCUACCAUUGUUCUGUAAAUGCUGGGUGUCUAAAUAAGCAACUGUUUGCUCAAAAGUUAGGGUUCAAACUCCUUGACUUCCAAACAUCCUCAUAAAAUCCUCUGGAAAGUGACGCCAAAAAUAUUUGGUCACAUAAAUUUCAGAGCAAAGUUUGUUUGGAGACAAAAUUCUACAUAUAAAAAAAGAUCAAGAGCUAAAGUAAAUGUACACACACAAUAUGUCUGUCAAAAUGUUCAACUUCCUCUGUUUCAGUUGUUUGCAUGUUUUGGGAUCUUUCAGUGGAGCGACAUUCACAUCUGAACGCAUACAAAUGUACAGUAGUUAUACUGAAUUGAAAGAAUAGUUCAACAUGUUGGGAAAAACGCUUCUUUAAUUUGAAGCUACAUGAGAUUGAUACCACUCUUAUGUUUAAAAAAAAAAAGGCUACUUCCUGCAGCCGGUUAGCUUAGCUUAGCACAAAGACUGGAAACAGAGGGAAACAGCUAGCCUGGCUUUCGUCUGUUUCCCCUCUGCUAACCAGCUGUUGGUUGUAGCUUCACAUUUACAGUACGGACAUGAGAGUGGUGUCAAUCCUCUCAGCUAACUGUCUGAAAGAAGGCAAAUAAUGUUGAACUUUUCCUUUAACCAUUUAAACCUGGAUCACCAUCAGUUUUCCUUUGCUGCGUUUAGGCGCCUUUCACAGUCUGUUUAACCCUUUGAAACCUCAGCAUAUUGGGGGAAAGGCAAUGACCAAUUUGUGGCAAGAAAUGUUCCAAAAAUUUCUAGAGAUUAAAAAAAAGUGAUAAGGAAGUGACCUCAUACUUAGCAGAAAGAGGGGGAGGUAAGAAAAUCAUUUAAAAAAAUAGAGAAAAAUGUCAACAAAUCUAUAUUUAUGUAUACUAUAAUUCUAGAUUUCAAAUUAUUUUACAGGAAAAAAAUACAAAUAUAUUUUAAAAUAAUUGUCAGUACUUU